GAAAACUGCCAAUGUGGGAAAUGGAUGUACAAACUAUUGAAUAAUUUCACUACACAGUGUCUUUGCAGCUCUUUCUUCCAUUUGUACUUCAGCUGAAAAUUAAAGAAGCAGAUCAUGCCUGAACCAGUUACUUUGUGCAGCAUUAAGAAAAUUGGAGAAGACAACUAUGCUUUUCAGUCAGAUGGAUCAUGUAAUGGCAUCAGCAAGCCAGAGUAUUUCUAUACCAAAAAGGGGAGUUCUUCAACAGACAAUGCAAAUGAUGAUGGGGCAUCAGAGAAGAAAAAGGAUGCUAUUCGAGUUGGCUUCUUCCAGCUGUUUAGAUUUGCUUCGCCCUCCGAGACAACGAUGAUGGUCUUUGGUAGCAUCUGUGCUAUUCUUCACGGAGCAGCCCAGCCGGGCAUGUUGCUUGUCUUUGGGGCCAUGACAGACACAUUUAUACAAUAUGAUAUUGAGAAGCAAGAGCUGCAAGACCCGAACAAAACCUGUGUGAAUAACACCGUUGCGUGGAUCGAUGGCUCCUAUCUGCAAAGUGAAAGCAACGCAUCGAUCAGUUGUGGAUUGCUGGAUAUUGAAAAGGAAAUGACCUUGUUUGCAAGUUACUAUGCAGGAAUUGGCUGUGCAGUUCUUCUUCUUGGAUAUCUCCAAAUUUGCUUAUGGGUAACAGCGGCUGCUCGACAGAUACAGAAAAUCAGAAAAGCCUAUUUCAGGAAAGUUAUGAGGAUGGAUAUAGGCUGGUUUGAUUGUACAUCAGUGGGGGAACUCAAUACACGAAUUUCUGAUGACAUUAAUAAAAUAAAUGAUGCUAUUGCUGACCAAGUAGCAAUCUUUAUCCAGCGCUUCACCACCUUUAUUAGUGGAUUCCUGUUAGGGUUUGUCAGCGGAUGGAAGUUGACCUUGGUCAUUAUUGCCGUCAGUCCACUCAUUGGGGUCGGAGCUGGAAUAAUUGGCCUGGCUGUGGCAAAGCUGACAGGUCAAGAAUUAAAGGCUUAUGCAAAAGCUGGUGCCAUUGCUGAUGAAGUGCUCUCAUCUAUCCGAACUGUGGCUGCUUUCGGAGGGGAAAGAAAAGAAGUGGAAAGAUACGACAAAAACCUAGUUUUUGCCCAGAACUGGGGAAUCAGAAAGGGAAUAAUCAUGGGAUUUUUCACUGGUUACAUCUGGUUUAUUAUUUUUAUGUGUUAUGCACUAGCCUUUUGGUAUGGCUCAAAACUUGUCCUUGAGGAACGGGAGUAUUCUCCUGGCACACUUUUACAGGUUUUCUUUGGUGUUCUAGUCGGUGCCCUAAAUCUUGGCCAAGCUUCUCCUUGUCUGGAGGCCUUUGCCACUGGCCGUGGGGCUGCAACAAACAUCUUUGAGACAAUCGAUAAAGAACCCACCAUCGAUUGCAUGUCAGAAAGUGGCUACAAGCUGGAUAAAGUUAGAGGGGACAUUGAAUUCCACAAUGUGACAUUCUACUAUCCCUCCAGACCUGAAGUGAAGAUUUUAGAUAAACUCAGCAUGGUUGUCAAGCCAGGGGAAACGACAGCUUUUGUGGGCCCUAGUGGAGCAGGGAAGAGUACGACCUUGCAGCUCAUCCAACGAUUCUAUGACCCUAACGAAGGCAUGGUUACUCUGGAUGGACACGAUCUCCGCUCCCUUAAUAUUCAAUGGCUGCGUUCUUUGAUUGGCAUAGUUGAGCAGGAACCAGUCCUGUUUGCGACCACCAUUGCAGAGAACAUUCGAUAUGGUCGGGAAGAUGCGACUAUGGAAGACAUCAUCAGAGCAACUAAAGAAGCCAACGCCUAUAAUUUUAUCAUGGGUUUGCCUCAGCAAUUUGAUACCCUUGUUGGAGAAGGCGGUGGCCAAAUGAGUGGAGGCCAGAAGCAAAGGAUAGCUAUUGCUCGAGCCUUAGUUCGAAACCCCAAAAUCCUGCUACUGGACAUGGCAACUUCUGCGCUGGAUAAUGAAAGUGAAGCUACAGUUCAAGAAGCUCUUCAUAAGGUUCGCUUGGGACGCACUGCAAUCUCAAUAGCUCAUCGACUGUCCACCAUCAAAACAGCAGAUGUCAUCAUUGGUUUUGAGCAUGGGAGAGCCGUGGAAAGAGGAACACAUGAGGCGCUAUUAGAGCGAAAAGGGGUUUAUUUCACACUGGUGACUUUGCAAAGCCAGGGAGACAAGGCGCUUGUUGAAACAUCUGUACAAGUCUCUGAACCAACACUUGCGAAAGUGCAGUCUUUCAGCAGAGGAAGCUACCAGGCCAGCUUGAGAGCCUCCAUUCGGCAGCGUUCCAGGUCUCAGCUGUCCAAUUUAGUACCUGCUCAUCCAAGAUCAAUCGCAGGAGACCAUUCAGAGCCUAUCUAUAGCGCAACCGAGUAUGAAGACAGCUCUAGCCUAUUGAAAAAGGAAGGUAUUGCUGAAGAGGAUGUAGAACCAGCUAAUGUUGCCAGAAUUUUGAAAUACAAUGCUCCAGAAUGGCCCUACAUGGUGCUUGGAUCCUUAGGGGCAGCCGGCAAUGGAGCAGUCAACCCACUCUAUGCUUUGCUGUUCAGUCAGAUUAUUGGAACCUUUUCUAUUCCUGAUGCGAAAGAGCAAAGAACACAGAUUGACAAUAUCUGCGUGCUUUUUGUCCUUGUCGGAGUGGUAUCAUUUUUCACACAGUUCUUGCAGGGAUAUACAUUUGCAAAGUCUGGUGAACUGCUUACAAGACGGUUGAGGAAAAUCGGUUUCCAAGCUAUGCUCGGUCAAGAAAUUGGCUGGUUUGAUGACCACAAGAACAGCCCUGGUGCCUUGACUAUAAGAUUAGCAACAGAUGCAUCUCAGGUUCAAGGGGCAACAGGAACUCAGAUAGGAAUGAUCGUGAGUUCCCUCACCAACAUUGGUGUGGCCAUUAUCAUUGCUUUCUACUUCAGCUGGAAGCUCACUUUAGUCAUCCUCUGCUUCUUGCCUUUCUUGGCCUUGUCUGGAGCCAUGCAAUCCAAAAUGUUGACAGGGUUUGCCUCUCAGGACAAGCAAGCUAUGGAAAUUACCGGGCGGAUUUCGAAUGAAGCACUCACGAAUAUCAGAACUGUUGCCGGGAUUGGGAAGGAGAAGAAAUUUAUUGACGCUUUUGAGAAGCAUCUGGAAAUCCCAUAUAGAGCAGCAAUCAAAAAAGCAAAUGUUUAUGGGGCUUGUUUUGGUUUUGCUCAGUGUGUGGUGUUCAUAGCCAAUUCUGUCUCUUACCGGUUUGGAGGCUUCUUAGUAGACCAAGAAGGACUUCAUUACAGCUAUGUUUUUAGGGUGAUCUCCUGCAUUGUGACCAGUGGAACCGCUUUAGGAAAAGCUUCUUCUUACACCCCAAAUUAUGCCAAGGCAAAAAUAGCUGCAGCACGAUUUUUCCAGCUGGUGGAUCGAAUUCCUCUCAUCAGUGUUUACAGUCAUGUAGGGGAAAAAUGGGAUAAUUUCCGUGGAAGCAUCGAUUUCCUCAACUGUAAAUUUACAUAUCCUUCACGGCCUGACAUCCAAGUGCUAAACGGCCUCUCCGUGUCUGUGAAACCUGGACAGACCCUUGCCUUUGUUGGAAGCAGCGGAUGUGGUAAGAGUACCAGUGUCCAACUUCUGGAACGUUUUUAUGAUCCUGAUGAAGGAAGAGUGUUGAUUGAUGGACACGACAGCAAGAAAGUCAACGUCCAGUUUCUCCGUUCUAAAAUCGGAAUCGUAUCUCAGGAACCUGUGCUGUUUGACUGCAGUAUUGCUGACAAUAUCAGAUACGGUGACAACACUAGAGAGAUUUCUAUGGAUAAAGUGAUUGCAGCUGCUGAGAAGGCUCAGCUUCAUGACUUUGUCAUGUCACUUCCUGAUAAAUAUGAAACUAAUGUUGGUGCUCAGGGAUCCCUUCUCUCUCGGGGGCAAAAGCAGCGCAUUGCUAUCGCACGAGCCAUCAUCCGAAAUCCCAAGAUCUUAUUGCUGGAUGAAGCCACAUCUGCACUGGACACGGAAAGCGAACAGACCGUACAAGCAGCCUUGGAUAAAGCUCGAGAAGGGCGAACCUGCAUCGUCAUAGCCCACCGUUUGUCUACGAUUCAGCAUUCUGAUAUCAUAGCUGUCAUGUCACAAGGAGCGAUUGUUGAAAAGGGCACUCAUGAAGAACUGAUGGCCCAGAGAGGGGCAUACUACACGCUUGUCACCACUGGGGCACCCAUCAGCUGAACUACUGCAGAAACCCUGCAAUGAAGUCAAGAUACUGUUCUUAAGGGGUACACUAAAGCUAGUAUGAAAAUGUCAACAAAGAAGACUACGCAGUUCUAAACAUUUACACAAACAAAAACCCUUUCUGGACAAGUUAUGUCUGAAUUCUUCGGUAUGUAGCUUAACCCAUUGAGGGCUGCAUCCACAUAGCAAGGGUUCCCUGUUUUCUAGUUAUCAAUGUUGCAAAUGCAGAGAUAUUGGCAACAGAGCUCCAUACUCCCAUAUGAGGAGUUUUGUUUGAACUUGCCUCUGUUAGCCAGAAUUUCCCCUGUGUUCCCCCAUCCCUUCCCGCCAGAGGGUAUUUUGAAGAUGUUAAAAGAAAUCAGUAAUUCUAUGCACUAUAGCAUAGAAGUAUGAAGAAAGCCAUAUCUACUUGGAAACUGAUAUGCCAGUGGGUGCCAGUGGAGUGUAAUGGUUAAAGUGCUGGACUAGGAUCUCGGAGACACCCCUAGGUUGGAAUGCCCACUCUGCCAUGGAAGCUUGCUGAGUGACUUCAGGCCAGUCACAAACUCUCAGCCUAACCUACCUCACAAGGUUGUUGUGAGAAUGAAAUUGAGGGGAGGAGAACCACGUAAGUUAUUCUGGGUCCCCGCAUAGGAGAUAGGUAGGGUUCAAAUGAAAUAAAUAAAUAAUGCACACAUUAAUAAAUUAUAAAUCCACUAAUAAAUAAAUGUUAAUAAAAUGUUAAUACUGCUAUUUAUUAAUAAAUUAACAUCUUUACAUUAA